CAAGUUAGUUCACUCAUCUCACCUUUAUCAUCCUACUAGCUCCCAGUAGGACCCCGAAUACUGUAAGAGAGAAAAGACAAUUUCCUUCCUUCCUUCUAUCCAUCCCUCAAUUCCACCUUUACCCCGCUUCCCCUUCUUCUCAAUACACUUCUCGAGCACCUAAUUGUCAUCCCUGUGGGCUUUGAAUUCAUUCACCCGUCAGCACUAAACUGCUCCUGUGUCCCUACUCCCUUCCCCCCUGCCUCGCCUCUCUGCCUCCCCACCUCCCCAAAUACAUCAGCUAUGGCAUCACGAAUAUUCACCCGCACACUCCUCACAGCUAGACCCCGCAUCUCCAACACCGCAAUCCGCCCACCCCAGAGCCUAGAAUACCUGAUGGCAACCAAGAAGUACGCUCUCCAUGGCUCAGCCAGAUACUCCAGCGCAGUGUCCUACAUAACGAACCACGACAAAAUCGCCUCUCCCGUCGACACAAAGUAUUUUGUUGACAACCAAUUCCUCGACUCGAAGACUACGGAAUGGAUAGACCUGCACGACCCCGCGACCAACAACCUUGUCACCAGGGUGCCGCAAUCCACCGAUGAGGAAUUGAAGGCUGCGGUGGACUCUGCUGCCAAGGCGUUUCCGGGGUGGAAGGCUACUAGUUUACUCGCCAGGCAGCAGGUGAUGUUCAGAUUUGUCGCCUUGAUUCGCGAGAACUGGGAUAGGCUUGCGGCUAGUAUCACGCUUGAGCAGGGGAAGACUUUUGCGGAUGCUAAGGGGGAUGUGCUGCGGGGGUUGCAGGUCGCUGAGGUGUGUGUUUUUGCUCCGAUCGUGUUGACUUGUAGCUCCGCUGACCACAUACGGUGGAGACCGCUUGCGGUAUCACCACUCAAUUGACUGGUGAGGUGCUUGAGGUCGCCAAGGAUAUGGAGACCAGAAGCUAUAGAGAGCCUUUGGGGAUUGUUUCGGCAAUUUGUCCUUUUAGUAAGUCUACCCCUGGCGUCUGCAUGAGCACCCCGUGCUAACCCGGAAGGCAGACUUCCCAGCAAUGUAAGAGUUUUAUUCGGGAUUGUCACGAUUGAGGCUAACUGCUGUUUAGGAUUCCUCUGUGGUGUAUACCUCUUGCCACGGCCACUGGCAACUGCUUGAUCCUCAAACCUUCCGAGAGAGAGUAAGCUGUCUUGUCGUUUACUCCAAUUUGAAAUCACAACUAACAGAGUACAGUCCCGGUGCUGCUAUGGUUCUCGCAGAGCUUGCCAAGGAAGCUGGCCUACCAGAGGGUGUUCUGAACAUCGUUCACGGCGCCGCCAAGACCGUUAAUUUUAUCAUUGAUGAGCCCAGAAUCAAGGCUAUCAGCUUCGUCGGUAGUGACAAAGCAGGAAAGUACAUCUACACUCGUGGAUCUGAACAAGGAAAGCGUGUGCAGGCAAACCUUGGAGCAAAGAACCAUGCAUGGUAUGCUCCCGGAUCAGCCGUGGCAAAUUGAAUGCUAAAUGUGUUCUCAGCAUCAUGCCCGAUGCGAACAGAAACGCUACCGUUAAUGCUCUGGUGGGCGCCGCGUUCGGAGCUGCCGGACAACGCUGCAUGGCACUUUCCGCCUUAGUGCUUGUUGGAGAGGCGCAGGAGUGGCUGUCGGAUGUAGUGGAACAGGCGAAGAAGCUUAAAGUCAACGCAGGUUUUGAGGAGGGUGCCGAUCUUGGACCGGUCAUUUCAAAGAACUCUAAGGAGAGAAUCGAGAGCCUUAUCCAGAGCGCUGUUGACGAUGGCGCCACAUUGCUAUUGGAUGGCAGAGGAUACAAGCCCGAGAAAUAUCCCAACGGAAACUUUGUAUGUGAUUAAACUUGACCGUGCUGACGCAUCGCUAACUCGUUCCAGAUUGCGCCAACAAUCAUUUCCAACGUCAAGCCCCACAUGAAGUGCUAUACUGAGGAAAUAUUCGGCCCGGUUCUUGUGUGCAUGAACGUUGACACACUCGAGGAUGCCAUUGACCUUAUCAAUGCCAACAAAUACGGUAACGGGGUCGCUAUCUUCACCAACAGCGGGGCUACCGCAGCCAGGUUCCAGCGCGACAUUGAGGCCGGUCAAGUUGGAAUCAACACCCCUAUUCCCGUUCCGUUGCCCAUGUUCUCUUUCACCGGAAACAAGGGGUCCGUUGCGGGACAGGGUGGAAAUUACUUUUAUGGGAAGUCAGGACUCAACUUUUACACCCAGUUGAAGACUGUUACCGCGUGCGUGCACCCGAUACCCUUAGCCCUUCGAAGGGCGACACUAACUGACAUGUAUGCUAGAUUGUGGAGAAGCUCCGACGCAAUCUCGACCAAGGCUUCCACAGCCAUGCCCACCCAUUCAUAAGGUAACUUUUCUGUUGUAUCUUUGGUGGUCCCUGGAGGUCAUGCGCAUCCCUCUGCUUUGUUUUGCAUAUCGACGGGGGGCCUUUCCCCUACAUUCUAAGGCAAUAAACUGGUGUUUUUUUUUUCUUGUAGAGGCGAUAGUUUCUCGGCGGUAAUAUGAAAUGAAACUGAGUUCCUUCUUU